AUUUCAAUAUUAUAAUUAACUUAUUUAUAAAAAUCAAAGAAAAAUUUGUGAAGAUAAAAAAAAGGAUAAUUCAGCUUCAGUUUUUUCUUUUUUCUUUUGCAUCUCAAAUACACGUACUCUUCGUCCUUCGAAUCCACCCUUUUAAAAAUAUAAAAAAAAAACCCCACCUAAUCUUAAAUAAAUAUCUACACUCAGAAUAUUAAAAAAAAAAAAUAAAAUAAACUAUCGCGCGGAGUGGUCUCUCUCAUAAUUUUUUUCUUUUAUUUAAAAGUGAAAAAAAAAGGAUAAUUGCAUUCUUCCUUUUUGUAAAAAUUAAAAAAAAAAGCUACAAAAAAAAACCGCAUAAUAAUACAAUUAUUGCCGCACCUUAAAAUAGUGUAUAUACACCCAAAAGAAGAAAACUACUCUAUCUACACAUCGCGUUGCUGCACACACAGGACAUCAUCAUCAUAUGUAGAAAAGGCAACAACACCAGCAACAACAACAACAACAACAUCAACUGGAAUAUAAAAAAAAGGAGUAGAGAGACAACUACACAACGUCGACUAUACAACCACGACGAAUAUACAGGAAUUGCAGCAGCAGCAGCAGUAGCAGCAGCAAUUGCAAUAAAUUUGCAGCAGGACGAAAAAAAUUUUUUUUUUCUGUGAAAAAUAAAACGCACCAAUACAAAAAAGCACAAAAGAAUUAAAAAUCAAUCUGUUUGAGCAAAUUUAAGGAUAUCAAAGCAGAAGAAGGAAGAAAAAAAAAAACGCCCUAAAUUCUUUAAGGAUAUAAAUAGAAAAAAAAAACAAAUCGCGUGAUUUUCUAGGAUAAAUCCACAAAAUAAAAAAAAAGGAUAUUUCUAUGUACCUAUCUACUAAACCAAAAACAACAACAACAAAAACACCAACUGUACUCCUCCUACUCAAAAGGAUUCUUUUUGUAUAUUUUUACUACUCAUAGAGAGGAGUCACGUCAUAAGUCGAGUCGUCGUCGGUUGUCUUCGAAUUCGCGGGGUUGUGUGUGUGUUUUUCUUUUUUAAAAGGAAAUUCUAGUGCAAUACUCAAUAAUACUCAAAACAGGAUAUUUUUUCUGUGUGUUUUAUUUUUUUUUUGUAAAUGUGAUGCGUGUUGUGAAUAUUAAAAAAAAAGGAUAUUAACUGAAAAAUUCAGAAAAAAAUAGUAAUUUCCUCUCUACAAGGAUUCUGCAUUUAAAAAACAAGCUUUCUCCUAUUUUGCCACAGUAGUUCUUCCAAGAGGCUCUAAAGAAAAUAUAAAAAAAGGAAGAAGAAAAAAAAAUUAAAAAAAAAAACCAGGACAUCAAGGAGUGUUUUAUUUAUAUAUCGUUCUUUGUGUUAAAAAUAAGAAAUAAGAGAGUAUAAGAAGAAGCUUUUUUAUACACAAAAUAUUGUGAUCGAUUUUACAAAAAUUAAUUAAAAAAAAAAUAUAUAUAAAAACAUUAAAAUAAAUAAACAAACACAAGCUUAAAAAUAUAAAACAACGUUCUACACACUAAUUAAUUCGCUAACCUCAGCAUCAACAGUUUAAGCAAAGCGUUCGUUUAUGUGUUAAAUUUACAAAUCAUAAUUAUAAAUUAACAAUUGUAUCAGUAUUAUUAGCUAUAGAACAUUUCUCUUACUAUCAAAAAAAAAAAAAACAUUUAUAGACAAAAAAAAAUACUUCUAAUUAGUAAAAAAAUUUUAUUAAUCGUACAUUUUCUUUGUUAAACAAAAACAAAAAAAAAAUACAUAAAUCCUUUCGAUUUAAUCAUUAUUCAAGAACCUCUCCUUCUUCCCUAAUUGUUACACACUAAAAACACAUAUUUUCAUCCAAUUUCUAAAUGAUGACCAGCGGAAUGGUUGAAGGUCAACAACAACAACAGCAAAAUGGCGGAAGUGGCAGCUCAUCGGAAGAUCCAAAAACCAAUUUAAUUGUAAAUUAUCUGCCACAGACAAUGUCACAGGAGGACAUUCGGUCUUUGUUUGUCAGUGUUGGUGAAGUUGAAAGCUGCAAGCUGAUUCGUGAUAAAGUAACAGGCCAAAGUCUCGGCUAUGGUUUUGUUAACUAUGUUAAACAAGAAGAUGCCGAAAAAGCAAUAAACUCCUUAAAUGGUCUUCGUUUACAAAAUAAAACCAUUAAAGUGUCAAUCGCCCGUCCUAGCUCAGAAUCAAUUAAGGGAGCAAAUCUAUAUGUAUCUGGUCUUCCAAAGAAUAUGACCCAACCAGAUCUAGAAGUACUAUUCAGUCCAUUUGGAAAAAUAAUUACCUCAAGAAUUUUAUGCGACAAUAUCACAGGUGGAGCUAGUAGUGAUUCCGGUCUUUCAAAAGGUGUCGGCUUCAUUCGGUUUGAUCAACGCCAUGAGGCAGAUCGUGCCAUCAAGGAACUGAACGGAACUGUACCGAAAAACGCCACCGAUCCAAUUACAGUGAAAUUCGCCAACAACCCGAGCAGCAGCAAAGCUUUGGCACCCCUGGCCGCUGCCUAUAUUGCGCCCCAAAAUCCACGAGCGAGAUUUGCAGGUGGAGCUGCUGCCGCUGCAGCGGCUGCUGCCAUACAUCAUCCUACCGCUGCUGGACGUUAUAGUUCGGUUAUUCCCAGAUAUUCCCCACUGACUGGUGAUCUCUUAGCCAACACAAUGAUUCCGGGGAAUACAAUCAAUGGAUCUGGUUGGUGUAUUUUUGUUUAUAAUUUGGCACCAGAGACUGAAGAGAAUGUGUUGUGGCAAUUGUUUGGACCGUUCGGGGCUGUGCAAUCUGUUAAGGUAAUUCGUGAUCUCCAGACAAACAAAUGCAAAGGAUUCGGCUUCGUUACAAUGACCAAUUAUGAAGAAGCUGUUGUUGCUAUACAAUCAUUAAAUGGUUAUACAUUGGGCAAUCGGGUCUUACAAGUCAGCUUCAAAACAAACAAACAAAAGCAAACGUAAUUUUUACAAAUACUAAAUCGAAAUCAAUUGUUUGCGUUUUUAAAUUUACUUUUACAUUGAUUUUUUUUUUCUCAAAUUAUGUUUAUGUUUAAAAUUAUUAAUAAUUAUUAUUUGUGUUUUGUUUUUUCUUAAAAAGUCCGCAAUAUAUAUUUAAUUUUAUUUAUUUAUUAUUUUUUUUUUUUUAAAUUCGUUAAUUAAGUGUGAAGUUUAUUUUUUUUUUGUUUAAAUAAUUGUAUUAAAUUGUUAAGUUUUAGUUUUAUUUAUUUUUUUUUUAAACAAGCGGUCUUUUGUUUUUACUUUGUAAACUAUGUUUAUUUAAAAAAAAAAAAAAAUAUGGAACUUAAUGUUAAUAAUAAUGCAAAACAUACACACACAAAAAUUUUAAGGCUAAAUAAAAAAAUACUACAAGAACAGACAAAAAUGCUAAAAACCUAAAAAUAAAUAAACAACAAAUAGAAAUUCACAACUUGUACUGAAUUCCAUGACGAUUAUUGUAAAGUUUUUCUAUUUUAUAUUUUUUUUCUUAUUUAAAAAAAUACUAAUUUGACUUAAAUCACACACGCAAAUAAAAUUACGUUUAUAUUCCUUUUUUUUCCUACAAACGAAAAAUAUGUGCUCUCGAUAUUCAUUUUCAUUUUGUUGGUUUUGUUUAUUUUUUUUUUCAAAAGAAUUAUUUAAAUGCACGUAGGAAAAAAAUGCAAAUUUAAGCAAAAAUAUUAAUAAAAAUGAAAAAAAAAAAUAAUAAUGCAGAGAAAUGAGAUAAUGAGAUAAAACACCAUUUUUAAAAAAAAAGUAAAACAAAAGAAAAAAAAAUAUUAAUAAAAAAAUAUUAUACACCUUACUAUAUUAUUAUUAAUAUUAUUAUAUAUACAUUUAUAUAAAAUAUUAUAUUAUAUAUAUUUAAUCUACAAUUGAGACAAAAACUAAAAAUAAAUAAAAAACAAAAAAACCAAAUCAUGAUUUUCACAAAUACAUAAAUUUAUACAUUUUGAUUCCAAGUAAUACAAUAAAAAAAAUAAAAAUAAUAAAAAAGAAAUCAUAAAUAUAAUAAAAAACAAAAAAAAAAAAAAAAACAAAAAAUCGAAAACGUAUGUGAGAGGAACGUAUACAAUUAAUAUAACAAUAAAUUAAAAAAUAAAACACAAAAUAUAUAUGUAUAAUAUAUAUUUAAAAAUUUUGUAGAUACAAACAAAAAGGAAAAUUUAAAUAAUAAUAAAAAAAAAAUCAUAAACAAAAAAAAAACAUUUAUUAUGAUUAUUAUUGAUUCGACAAAAAAACUAAAUUUAAAAGAAAUUAUUGUAGCAAAAUUUAAUGUUAUUGUAGAAUAAAUUUCGUUAAUAUUUAUUCCUUAUUUUUCUUCUUUUAUCAUCUUUAAAGUAAAAGAAGAAAAGUUUUCGAAAUUGUCUCUUUUGGUUAUUAAAAAUAAAGAAAGAAAAAAACCACAAAACCAAAAACAAAACAACAAACAACUAUCAAAUUCUUUAUCCCUCCUAAUAUUUAAAACAAAAAAAAAAAAACAUACCUACACAAAUAUAUUACAAACAAAAUAAAAUAAUUAAUUUAAACAAAGUUUAUAAUUAAUUAAAGAAAAAAAUAUUUGUAGUAGUUAAUUAUAGAAGUUUUAGACAUUUUUAUAAAGAAUCUUCUUUUCCUUAAAAACGUUAAAAACAAAAAAACGAGCAGAAUAUUGAAAUUGGUAGAAGAAUAUUCAAGAAGUAUAUUUAAAAAAAAAUAUUUUCUUAAAUUUAUUUUUCAACUUAGUUGAUGAAAAAGCUUUUUAUAUCCCAAUUAAGUUGAGCAUGCUUCAUUUAAGUAUAAUUCUUGUUCUUACUGAGCUUAAAGCUUAUGAAAAGCUUUUUAAAUCCAUAUCAAACUUGAUUAGGAGUCUUUAAAAAAGAAAUGAUUUUCGUAGAUAUAUUGCAUUCUAUGAUUUAUUAGUUUUUAAGUGGAAAAUAUUAUGUUGUUUUUUUUUCAAAUCAUCAUUACUGUACUUAUUAUGUUCAAACCAAUACAUCUAUAUGAGCUUUAUCAUAGAUCUUAUCCAUAGAGUUUAAAUUUAAGCCAAGCUUUUACCAGUGUCAUUAAUCAUAAUUAAACUUGUUCAAUUUUUAAGCGGACCGCUAUUAUUUUGAAUAAUAAUUUCGAUUAAGCUUUUUGAAAGCUUAAUAUACAUGUAUCUAAGUAUUUUAGCAAAUACUUUUUUUAACCGAGCUUUAUCUAUAAGCAAAUGAUCUAUAUAGGAGGCUAAAAUCUAAUGAGUAAAUGUUGUAAAUCCACUAUCAAGUUGAUAGUUGAGCUUUUACAUGAGCUUUUUAAAGACUUAAUAAAUAAAAUAAAGCUUUAAUGUGAAGUAAUAAAAUUUUGAAUUGGAUUAAGCUUUUAAUUGAGCUUUUAUUUUCAAAGCUUUAACAUUUAAUUUUCUCUCUCUUUUAACUACAAAAGCUUAUAUAUUUUUUUUAUUGUUUCAAAAACAUACUUCUUGAGUAUUUUCUACUUGUUUUUUUUUUUUUUUUAUAUGUAUCAACUUGAUUCUUAAUUAAAACAAAACAAAAAAAUAAAUUUAAUUAAAAACAAAAAUUUAUAAAAAAAAAAAAAAAAACAAAUGCUUAAAAAUUAGUAAAACAUAAAUCGCAUAAGUAGAAAGAAAAUUAAAAAAUUUUAAAGUUUCAAUCACACACACAAAAAUGAAGGAAGAAAGGAUAAAUAAACAUUAUUAAAAACAACAAAAAAAAAAA